AUGCAAGGUGAUGGACGUUCUCCUCAGGGUAAUCAAUCCCUUUUUGAACAAAUGUAUCGCCAACAACAGAUGAAUGCCUAUGGUGAUCAGAAUCAUUACGCACAGCAACAGCAACAGCAGCAGCAGCAACCUCUUUAUAUUCAACAACAACAGCCGCAGGUUCAACAAGCCUAUCCACAGCAACAAAUGAAUACAUAUAAUGCUUCAUCUCCUCCUCUUCCACCGCCAGCCUAUCUCGCUCCGCCGCAGCCUACACAGGAUAGUGAUUAUCUGAAGGGUUUUCAUGAUGGUGUAGUAAGACCCUCAGGUCCUGUUGUUGGAAACGCCGUGAGCUGGUUGGCUCCUCUUGUUGUAAAUCUUGCUAUCUUUGUUGGACCUCUUUGGUACAUGAGACGCAAGUACAUGCAAGCAAUGGGACAAGCUAAAGCAAGCGAUGCGGCUAAGAAGAAUCCUAUGAUGGGAGGAUUGAUGGAUAUGAUGAACCCUAUGAAAUCAAAAAAUUACCGUACAGAAAUUAAAGGAACUACCUUUGCUGAUAUCAUUGGUAUUCCUGAGGCUAAAGAAGAUUUAAAACAGUAUGUUGAUUUUUUGAAGGAGCCCAAAAAGUUUACUCGACUUGGUGCAAGACUUCCAAAGGGUUGUUUACUCACUGGACAGCCUGGAACAGGUAAGACACUAUUGGCCCGUGCUGUUGCUGGAGAAGCUAGUACACCUUUUUUCAGUUGCUCUGGUGCGGACUUUAUCGAGAUAUUUGGUGGUAGUGGUCCUAGACGUGUUCGUGAGCUAUUUGCACAGGCUAAAGAGGCGGCACCCUGUGUUGUCUUUAUAGAUGAGAUUGACGCUAUAGGUUCUCGUAACCAAGGUGGUCGUAGUAUGGGUGGUGGUGGAAGCAGUGAGGAAAAUCGAACGAUUAAUCAGUUACUGGCAGAGUUGGAUGGUUUGACCAGUAAUGAGGCAAUCGUAGUCAUCGCGGCUACAAACUAUCCUGAAGCUAUUGAUAAAGCUCUCCUUCGUGAUGGUCGAUUUGAUCGUAAAGUGAAUAUUCCAAUGCCUGACAAGGAUGCUCGUGAGGAACUUUUUGAAUUCUACCUUAAUCGCAUCAUCACAGGGGAUCCGAACUGUAAACCAGUGGUGCAAACAUUUCGCACAAGAGAGGAAGGAGAAAAUGGCGGCUCUACUACAGAUACCAAUAAUACUUCCACGAAAACCACUAAUAAUUCCACCAAUACCAAUAAUAAAGAAAAUGAACAACGAAAGGUUGUUAUUGAGAGUAAGCCCAUUGAAGUUAAGGUUAUCCCAGGGGUAAGUAACAAGAAAUAUGCUACUGCUUUGGCAGAACGUACUCCAGGUGUUUCACCUGCGCAAAUUGCAACAAUUGUAAAUGAAGCUGCUUUAACUUCAGCUAUGACAGACAAUGAAGUUGUUUCACUUAAAACACUACAAGACAGUAUUGACGACGUUCUCAUUGGCAAAAAACAUCGCCAACGAAUGAGUGAUAUGUCUCUGCGACGGACUGCAUAUCAUGAGGUUGGUCACGCUAUAAUGGCGUGGACAUCUCCUCUGCAAAAGGAUGUUGUGAAAAUCUCUAUAAUUCCUCGUGGGAGAGCUGGGGGAUAUACACAACAAGUGCAAGAUGAGGCUUUAGAGCCACGCACGGAUGUUUUUCUAUUUUCCCAAUUAUGCGUUCUUAUGGGAGGCCGAGUUGCGGAGCGCAUAUUUAUGAAUGAUAUUUCAACAGGUGCAAUGGAUGAUCUUCAGCGAGCUACUCGUAUCGCAAUGGAGAAACUGCUCAUGUAUGGCAUGUCCAAAUCUAUUGGUCAACUGGCUUUCAAACCCAAUGAUCGUAAUGAGGGUCGUGCUUGGAUGAACUAUUCAGAAGAACUGCAUGCAAAGGUUGAAGAGGAAGCUCGUCAGCUAGUAGCAUCUGCGUAUCAACACACGGAGAAGACAUUAAGAGAAAAGCGCGAUCUUCAUGAGAAACUCGCACAACUUUUACUGGAAAAGAAAGAGCUAAUGAGGGAAGAUAUAGAAAAAAUACUUGGUCCACGACCUACUGUGGUAGCGGCCAAGUGA